AUGACUGAAGAGUGCGGUAUUUGCUACGAGGAGUUUACCGUCGCAGCAACUACAAAUUGCUUGCACACUGUUUGCUACAGCUGCUUCCUGCGUAACCGCGUACUUUGUGGGCGGAAAGCCUGCCUUCUGUGCUCAGACGUCAUUAAAAACGCUAUCAUUUACAAGAAGGGAUCGCUGAGUUUAGAUGCAAUCCAAGAGCAGCUACGUCACGAUCACCGUUAUAAAGCCUUCGAGGCUCGUUACAUAUCGCGGUACCAUGCCGUAGUUGCCGCUGACGUUAUAAGUGAAGUCAAUCUCCUCGACCUACCACCUUGCCCAAUAUGCAGUCACCACCCUACUAACAAGCAUGAGCUACAGGAGCAUGUGCGGAAAGAACAUGAAGUAGAGUACUGUCGUGUUUGCAUAGCUAAUAAGCCAAGUUUUAUGAGUGAUCAGCUGACAUACAAUCGAGAUGCUCUGCGGAAACAUAUGACCCAUCACCCCUUGUGUCCUCUAUGCAAAAGACCGCAGUACGACAAUGACUCAUAUAAAGAUCACCUACUCACAGAGCAUCACCGCUGCGAAAUCUGCCGUGAGCAUGGCGUGAGCGACUCAUACUGGAGGACAGCCAAUGAUCUCAUCGAGCAUCACCACAAUGAUCACUAUGUCUGUACAGCUCCUGCCUGCAAAACUGUCAUGGUGGCGUUUGGUACUAAGGACGAGCUUCUUGCACACCAGGUCAGCACACACCCAGAGCUCUUUACACAAAGAGAACUUGAAGACACACAGAUGCGUCUGUUCUGUGGGGCCGCUCCGGAUACUAGCUCUAAUCCUACGAGACAGCGUAAGCCAAAACGGAGAGAUGUUACCAGCUUGAUCGGCUUGGCCCAGUUUAGCCUUAAUAAUCGACUUAAAAAUGGAGAUCUGGAUGGUAGAAGGCGCUUUAACAAUUAUUCUAACAAUUACAAUAAUCGUGCUUCUGCUAUUGCUGAGGAUGCUAUUUUUGAAAUGCACACCAAGCUUGCAAUAAAGAACUCACUAGAAACGGCUAGACUGGAAAGCUUGAUGCGUGAGCCAGACACGGACCAGGCAGCAGCUCUGACAGACCCUCAAUUAGUUUUGAAUCCUGCAUCAGGAUCCACGCAGUCAAUCUACGAUCCUGCAAUAGAAUUAAUAGAACGGAACAAGGAGCAACUUAGCACAAUAUCUAAGCCCGAGCCAAGCCACUCACCAGUACUUGUUGCUUCAAUGGCGCUUCCAGGUCCGGACUAUAGGCAGGAACAAGCAAAUGUAUAUGACAACACACCCCCGACCGCGAUACAGGCAACACUAGAUCGGUUUCUCAAUAGGAAAAAAGAUGCACAGAAUAGCUCUUCAUCCAUUUCUACCGUUUUUGAUACCACCACGCCUACACCGCUUUCUCGUGCAGAACUUCUUCAGCGCACCCAUGAACGACUUGGCAUUGUGCAUAAACCUGCAAAGAAGAAAAAAGUGCAUCCUGCAGAGGUUGUUGAGGCACCUCCCUCCACAGAUGGGAAGGAUGCUGAGCAUAGCAAUGACCUCGUUCAGGUUCAGGAUCUCGGGCUGUUCUACGGUACUCCCACGCCAGCAGACACUCAGAAAUUAAUCCCUGAGAUAGCUAACCAAAAGCAACAGCAACAACAACAGCCCAUUGAUUCUGGUGCCAUGCGCUUCCCCGUUGAUACAGGCACAAAUUCAAAGACGUCUGUCCAAGCAAGUCUAGAGCUGUAUCAAAGAGCAGCAGCAAGCAACACAAACAGCUCGAGCAAUCAGCCGCGCCUAGACCAGAUCUGCGGAAUCCCUGUUGUCUAUAAAAAGAAAAAGAAGUCACAGAACUAA